CUCUGCCUACAGAGAGUACAGUGAAAUAUCUCGCUGCACCCCAGCAAGGAGCACGCACUGAUGGUACCACACUCUGAAACGUCACGCUAAUUCCCUGCCCCGCCCACGAUUUACCUGUAUCCCUCUGGCUCCGCCUUUCUCCCCGCCCACUACAUUGGGACAGUUUGCUUGUGUGAGGUAAAUUCACAGAAGUGCUGCUGCGGUUGUUUGGAGUCAUGUUCGGAGUACGGCUGAGGGGAUGGAAGCGGAUCGGACGUUCUUCUCCAGAUCCCCGGGCUGGCACACAAACUGCCUCUGGUGAAGGGUGUAAAGAUGGACAUUGGAAAGCGACACAGAAGCAGCGGCGGGUACAAAAAAGAAAACAAUUUUCAAAAUUUAAAACCUUGGGAAAGAUUAAAGAGAACAUAGAGGCGAGUAAACACGCACAUGCUCUGAGUGGAAGUACAAGUGAAAUUGUGGAGAAUGUGCAUAUGAAACAUGAAAAGGGCAGAGAGAAAAUACACAGUGAAAGCUCUCCUUUUAGUCAAGAAAUCCAGCAAGAGACUUAUGAUACCACUGCUAGUAUGAAAAACAGUGAGACCGUUUCAGGAAUCAGUUUGCCAACUGGUAUUUCACACUUGCUACAAGACUACCAACUGACUUCAGUAGAGUCUGAAACCUCGAUUUUAUCAACCUCUGUGAGCAGCUGCCUGUCUCCUGAAAUACCACGUGGUGCUGAUAGUUUUGAUGAGUCAGACUGGAAAAGCAUUUUUCAUCAGGAGAACUUAUUCCAUAAAAAUUCUACUCUCUUGGAGACCAGCCAAGCUGUGAAUAUAGAUUUGCUUGCAGAACCAGCCGAUGUUUCUAAUAUUUUCGAGCCUUUUGACAAAGUACAUCUGCACGGGAUUAAAAGUGACAAGAAAUUAAAAAAUUACAGCACUUUUGAAAAGCAACAUGUAUCAACUGUUGUAUCAGGGAAAAAGGUAUUUAAAAUUACAAGAGAGAAAGAAAAAACACCAAAAAGUGAUGGUGGUUCAGAACCCAAAUGUCACACAAGACCUGAAAAAAAGAUUCAAAUAAGAUCCUGUACAACAGAUAAAAACAUUAAAUGCAAGAAAAGAGUGAGUUUCAGUACAUUCCUGACAACUGAAAUACCAUCAAAUGAACACAUUGAUCAGUGUGUUGGAAAAAAUAUUGAUACUUCUGCGAAGACAGACUUGCUGGAACAACAAAAGUUGUCUCUCAGUCUCACUCAAAAGCAAACUGAAAAUACUCUUCCUGCUUCACUUAAGCAAGGUUUGGUACUGACAAGUACUCCCUUUGCAUGUCCAGAAGAUAUAAAGCUGGAUCUGUCUCCAGUUUGUGUCACCUCUAUGGAAGAAGAAUUGAUUCCAAAUGCAAGUGGUCCUUUUGUACAUUCCAGCCAAAUUGCUGCUUCCUCCUCGCUGAGUACUCUAAAAGAAUCUGAGAAACAGGAAUUACAUGAAACGAAACAGAUAUGCUGCAUUAUAAAGGCCCCGGUGUGUCGUUGUACUUCUAAAAUACUAGGUAUUCCAGUUGCCAAACAGAGCCUACCAACAAAACACAAAAUACCCAAAGAUAUUAUUCUAACUUUCUAAGGUUCUAGCUGAAGCAUCCUCGGGCCCCAUGUUGAAACCUCAUCAAAACUUCCAACAAGGACUGUUGGAAAUCACAAUAAUAUUUACUCAUCUCCAUUCAUGAUUUUCAUUAUUUGAAGACAGAAGAGAUGUCCUUGAAAGCAUGGUUAUUAAUCUUCAGUUUAUAAUUAAAUUGUUUGUUUUGCAAUGUGUUUAUUUGGUACAGAAAUUUAUUUAGGUUAGAAAUCUUUACACAAAUAUUAUUACAAAAAAAAAAAAGAAUGUUGGUGACAAAUGUAAAUGUUAGGCACAUUGGGUUUCUUGCAAGUACAGCAUACAUAUAAUAUAUACACUGUGAUAUUUAUUGCAAUAUUUAAUUUUUAUGUAUAUCCUGUGAAUAUGUGUAUUUCUGUAAGAAAUGCAAUAAAACAAUUUCAAACACUUUAGUAUCCAU